CGUCGGUGUAAAUCUAAGGCUGACAGAGCUGCAGUAUGACACACACAAGAGCAGACGAUCAUUUUUCUUCAUCACAGGUUUGAUUAGGCCAUGGAUAACAGCACCUUGGGAUGGCUUGGAGAUGAUAACACAUCUCUUCAACUUGAACUUCAAUCGUGUACUUUAUUGAGGCAUCGGGUCUCUCGCAUUUUCCUGUAUGCUUUCCUGUCGGUUGGCAUCAUCUGCACAGUUGUGGGCAACUUCCUGGUGGUCUUGUCCAUUGCUUACUUCAAGCAGCUGCAGUCCCCCACAAACUGCUUCGUCAUGUCCCUGGCGGUGGCUGACUGCCUAGUUGGCCUUGUAGUGAUGCCUUAUAGUAUGAUUCGAACUGUGGAGGGGUGCUGGUACUUUGGUUCUCUUUUUUGUCGGAUACACUCUAGCCUAGAUGUUAUGCUCUGCACUGCCUCCAUAUUUCAUCUCAGCUGCAUCGCCUUCGACCGUUACUAUGCUGUCUGUAACCCUCUAGUUUACUCUUUAAAGAUGAGCCACAGGCGGGUAGCUCUCCUCAUUGCUGUAUGUUGGCUUGUCCCCAUACUCAUUUCCUUUGGCCCCAUUAUGCUAGACCUUCAUGUUGCUGGUGUAGACAUGGUGAUUCCUAAAGAUUUAUGUGUGUUCUUGGUCAGUCGCAUUUAUGCUGUCAUGGCUUCUUUAGUAGCCUUUUACCUGCCCAUGGCAAUCAUGCUAGUAGCCUACUGGAAGAUCUUCAAAGCUGCCAAGCGGCAGGCCAGGCAGAUCAGUGCCAUGGAAAGCCAGAUGGCUGCUGGAGUGGGUAAAGACUCAAGCAAGAAAAAAAGACACAGGAAUGCCAUGAAGAGGGAGAGAAAGGCAGCAAAAACUUUAGGUAUCAUCAUGGGAGUUUUUCUCAUCUUCUGGAUGCCCUUCUUUACUGUCAACAUCGUGGACCCGUUCAUUGAAUACAGCACAGAGGUGGUCCUCUGGGAUCUCUUUCUGUGGUUAGGGUAUAUCAACUCAUCCCUAAACCCUUUCCUGUAUGGUUUGUUCAAUCGCUCCUUUCGGAGGGCAUUCCUCAUGUUUAUGGGCUGCAGGGUAUGCCUGCCCGGAUCAUCCCCAGGAAUGGAAUUAUCACAUACUCGAAAAGAGGCAAAUGAAUGUGCAGAGCAAUCCUAAAAUAGUAUCUAUAAAUGUAGGUGUAGAUAUUUCAACAAACAGUGAGGGCUACUUUUUUUUAAAUCAACAACAUUACUCUCGGACUACUUCAGCCACAGUUUCUGUUAACAGCAAGGCAAAAUAUGCUUAAAACUGAAAGAAUAUCAUUAACUGUGACCUGUCUACUAAUGAGGGUGGGUUUAAAACUAUGCCUUCAACCAUUAUGUAAGAAUUUGUUCCCAGCCUAUGGGUUCAUUUUCAUAAAAAAUUACAUUAUUCAUUUUUCUUGUUAUUAUUAUUACAUUUGUUUCAAAAGGAUUUACAAGAGGAAAAAUGAGCAGAUCAUAAAGUUAAGUAAGAGUGGGAACUGUGGGAAAUAAGCAGUUAGAAGUUUUGGCUAACUUAUGUGAAUUGCUCUGUCCUUAGAAGAUCCUCUGUUGUGUUUAAAGAAUGUGUAAAGGCAGUAAUGAUGAUGGUACAAUUCCCAAUGAGUAGGCAAUGUGAAAGGUUAAAGUGUCAAAAGCUGCCUCUCCAGGGUUUGUGUUGAACUAAAACUAACUACAUCCUAGGUGCUGACCAUUCCCAUAUUUAUUCUUAAAGUAAUUUUUAAAGGCCUAAACAAUAGGCCAAAGGUUUUAAAUUUGUGGUAGUACUGUUUUUCAUCUAAUAAGAAAGAGAACCAAAAGAUACCUAAAUUAGAGGUUUUAUGUAAGAGUAAACAAUUCCCAAGACCUAAAUGGGGGAAAGUUUGGAAGAUUUGUGAAGCAAGACUUGGAGAAGCAAGUUGAAAGGAACAGAUGAAACUUCACUUCAGCAACAUGCAGAUUUAAACCUCAGGUAAAGGUAAAGCUUUUUGAUGUUUAUAAAUUUGCUCUUCUUUGCUCAAGAAUUUGAAACUAUAGUGAUAAAAUUCACUGACAUUAUAAUAAACUCAAGAUAAGACUGGCUAGCAAGAACUGACUGAACUGACUGGCAGAGAAGCAGGAAUUCACACCAGUUUGAAUGUAAGCGGAAGCAAAAAUAAUAUGAAGAACAAAGCGCACAGCACAAAUUUGGAUGUGUCUUUUGUUCCGCUUUUGCUGGUAUUUGCAGUUUGUAUAAUUCUGCAGCACAAUAUUUACAAUAGCUACUUACACUUACACCCUGAGAGUUUUGAUAUAAAUACACAUUACAUGAUUUUAUAAAUUUGAUGUUUAUUAGAUGUUGUGCUUGACUUUUUCUCACUGUGUGGUCCCUGUAGGACAGCUACAAUAUUAAACCUUACCUGCUGAUACAGCUUCAAGUGACACUUCAAGACAUUUAGUCAGAAAUAUUGUUUCAUAAAAAAUGACUUUUUUAUGAUUAAAAUAAAUACUUUUACUUACCUUGUUUACUUACCUCCAUCACUGUUACAGAUGCAGUGAAAUCUCAGUUUAAGAUGGGACAGGAAGAGAAACAGAUUUAAGGUAAUUAAAUACACUAUGUGAAAAAAAAAACCCUACUGGGCCACACCUCCUAAUUAUUAUCAUUAAUGACAUGUUUUCCUAUGUGAUACAAAUGCUUUUAAGGAACUAAGUCUGCGUGCCCUGUCCCAAAUACUUUGAUCUUCUGUU